AUGUUAGAAACUAAAAUAUAAAAAUAAAUAAAUAAGGAACUAUUUCAAUUACAUAUUAGAAACAAUUUUAUAGAAGAGCUAAAAUUAUUAAAAUAUUAAGGUAUUAUUAUUUAAACAGAAUUGUAGAAAAUAAUUGAGUAGAAAAUUUAACUAAAUAUUGGUCUCAAAGAAGGUAGAAUAAUUAAUUUUUAAUAGUUAUACUAUAGAUUGUUAUAUUUAAGAGAAAUGACUACAAAUGUACUUAAAUUAAGUAAAGAUAUGAAGAUUUAUUAAAAUAAUAAAAUAAAUAACAUUUUUUCAUUAAGAAUUAGUUUACUUUUGUCUUAUCUUACUUAAAAUUUAAGAGAAUAAUAUGAGAUCUAUUGUAAAAUUGAUGAAUUAAUUUAAAGUGAAAUAUUCUAAGAAGAUGAUUUUUUUACAAAUGUUUCAUUUACAUCUAAUAAUGGAAUAUAUUUAACUGCUACUUUUAAAGAUGAUGGUUAGAUAACAUAAAAACUCACAGAGAAAUAAAAAAUGUUUUUAGAAUUAGAUGAUAAAAUAUAAUUGACUCAUAUAUCUUAACUUCUUCAUCCUUCUUUUAGAUCUAGUCACAUAAGAUUAAUGAAUUCAUAUUUGAAUAGAGGUAAAUCUAAAUUUAUUGGAAAGUAAAUAGAUACUACUAUAAGUUCAUAAAAUAAAAAUUUAAUUUAAAUUAAAUUAAUUUUAUAGCCAUAUUUUCCAAAUCAAAAACUAAAUAAUUUUUAAUUAAUAGCUUUUAUAUGUAAAAAUGAAAUAGGAAAUCAUGCAAUAAUACAUUUAGAUUUAUCAUUUAAUAUUAUGUCUGCAAAUAAAACAUUUUAUAGAUUUCUUGAUUAAUAUCAACUUAAUAUUAAUAAAAUUAAUAUUUUUUAAAUGAUUCCAACACUUAGAGAAAACUUGAUUAAAUUUCAUUCUGAAAAAAAUGAUAAUAAAUCAAUUUAUAUUUAAAAUUAAAUUAUUUAGAUUAACAAUUGCUAUUCAUAUAAUACAAAGAAGAUUACAUUUCAUAAUAUCUCUAAAUCACUUAAUUAAAAUUAACAAUCAAAAUUAAUAAAUAAUUUAAUUUAACAAAUAGAACACUCAACUUCAUUUGAAGAUACUAAAUAAAUUGAUUAUGAGAUAUCUAUGUGUAUAAUUAAUUAUGAGUAUGAAUAAUAAGAGGAAUACUAUAUUUAUUAUAAAUUAAUUAUAGAUUUGGCCUAGAUUAAUUAAGAACAUAAAUUAGAUCAACCAAAUUUAAUUGAUUAAGAUAAUAAGAAUGUAAAAAAAGAAUAAUUACAAUAGUAUAUAUAUUUAUGUUAUAUUAGAAUGAGUAAAUCUAAAUCCCAAGAAAAACAUGAUAUUUUAAGAUCUCUACAUUCUAAAACUAGCACAACAAGUGCAAUAAAAUAAGGUGAUCAACUUUUAUAAUAAAUAUCAUCAUCAUAAUUACCUUCAUGUAUAAUUAAUUUUUUAAUAGUAUCAAUAUUAAAUGUGAUACUUUCUAUUACUUCUAUAAUUAUUAUUUAUUUAUUGUUAAUAUAAAAGAGAAGUUAAUAGGAUAUAUGUUUUGAUAGAUUAUUUUAUGGUACCGAAUUCUUAGAUUAUUAUGGACUUAUUUUGAAAGGAAGUAGACAUACAGUAUUUUAUAGAGAUUUUCAUAAGUUUGUUAAGGAUGAAUAGACAAUUGAAUUAAUGUAAGAUUCAACAUUUAUAAAAAUUACUGAUAAGAUAACUUUAUCAUUAGAUCUUUAUUAAAAGAAUUGUUAGGAAUUGAUAGAUUUAUAUGAAAAUUAUAUUAAAUAUUUAGAUAGUUAUUAAGAGUAAAAGUUAAUCAAUUUUAAGUAUGUUGAUUAUUUUAUAACCAAGAUACAAAUAUAAGAAGUUUAAACUUAAGCAAAAUAUUAUGAAAUAAUGAAUUAAUUGUUUUAUUUGGCAAUUAAAACAUUUGCUGGAGAUCCAUCUAAUUAUCUCAAUGGAAAUUAGGAUACUUUUCCAUAAAUAAAUACAAGAUCAAUCUUAUUCUUGAAUUUUAAUGAUGUUUGUGAUCUUACUGCCUAAUUUAUAGAAUCAUGUUUAUAAAAUAGUAAAGAUUACAAUAAUUAAUUUGACAACUAAGUUUAAGUUAUAUUUAUAACUAUUUAUAUGAUUCAACUUAUUUUAUUCAUAUUAUUACUAUGUUUAUUAAUGAAUAUUGUAAAGAAGUUAUAAUAGAUUUUAUAAGUAUAUUUAAGAUUAGAUAAUAGAGAUUUAGAUUCUGAUACUGAAAUGUUGCAAUAUAUAUGUUAAAAUAUUAAAAUUGAUGAAUUUUGGUUUAAUACUAAGUUUUUUUAUCUAUUUUAUGAGAAAUCACAGGAAACCUCAUUUCCUAUAUAAUCUUAAUUGAAAAUUGUCAAUCUAAAAUUAGAAGAUAAAUUUAAUAUAGGAUAUUAUUAUAUUCUAUAAAUUUUGGUUUUUGGAUUCUUACUCAUAUUUUUAUUAAUCUUUUAAUUACAAUAUAUCAAUUAUUCAAAUGAAAUAAAUCCAAUAGUAAAUUAAGCAUUAUCUGCUGUUUAAAUAAGACUUAAUUUCAUAGAGUUAAUAAAUAAUUGGGAUGUCUACAAUCAUAAAAUGUUUUAUUAGACAUUUUACAAUAGUGAAAAGGAUAAUUAAAUAAUGAAUUAAAACAUUAUAAGUGAUAAUUUAAUCUUUUCAUUAAUAGAAAUUAAUACAACUGAAUUAAAUUAUUCAAUUUUAUAAGCAUAAUAAGAACCCUUUACAAAUAUAGUGGAGAAUUUGAAUGAUUAAUAAAAGGAAAGUCUUUUAAUAAAAGAUAUUUGUUUGGUUUUUGAUUGUUCAAUGAGGAAUGAUAUAUUUUAAAAUAGACUAUUAUAAAAAGAUUUGGAAUAAUAUUUUUCAGUAGGAUUAAUUUAACUAUACUAAUAAACUAUUUCUGUAGUUAACAAUUUAGGAUUAAUAAAUAAUUCAAAUUAGAAUAAUUACUUUUUGGAUUAAAUAUAUUCUAAAGAAUACUUUAUUUAUAUAUUUUGGGGAUUAGAUGCUACUAAUUAUUAAUUAAAAUUAUUUUCAGAUUUCUUUAUAUCACUUGCAAAAGAUAAGUUGAAUUAAGAAACAAAUUAUAUACUUUAUAUGCUUAUUGGAAUAGGAAUAAUGAUACAAUUAUUAAUACUAAUACUUACUUGUGUUUUAGCAUAUUUUGUAAUUAAAAAUUAUAACAAUCUAAAAUUUUGCUUAAGAUUCAUUCCUUUAAAAACAUUGAUAAAUAAGAAUAUAAUCAAAUAGAUUAAAUUAAUAAUUUGA